UCCACCCCCGGCGUGGGUGAUCCUAAGGCUCGGCGCGCUUCGGGGCAGAAGCCCGGAGACGCCGUCGUCGACGCUGCUGCUGCCGGUUCUUCUGCCGCUGCCCGCGGCCCCCCAGCCCUUUCCCCCGCCCGUGGCCCCGAGUCGGCCCUCCGGCCGAGCCCCGCCAGGCGCCGCGAGGCCCCUGGCGUUGGCAAGGCCGGGCCCGGCCCCGACGCCGCGCCGCCUUACGCCGAGCCCGACUGUCUCGACUCGCGACUCAGCACUGUCUUCUUUCCCAGGACUGGUUCCGAGGGGCCCGCAGGCGCCCAGACUCGCCCCCCGCCGGAGUGCCCCGGCCCGGCCCGGGAGCGGCCCCUUGUAGAGGUUCGAGGAGCCUGCCGAGUGCCAUCCCGGCGCCCGACCGCCCACCGCCCGGCCCGCCGGCCCGCUUCUUCCUGAUGCAGACUGCCGUCCACUAGAGGUUGGACAGACCCCCGAGGUGAUUCAUGGCAGGGGACGUGGAAGGAUUCUGUUCCUCCAUCCAUGACACCAGUGUCUCUGCCGGGUUCAGAGCACUGUAUGAGGAGGGAUUGCUUCUUGAUGUCACUCUGGUUAUUGAAGAUCAUCAGUUCCAGGCCCAUAAAGCACUCUUGGCCACCCAGAGUGAUUACUUCAGAAUUAUGUUUACUGCAGACAUGAGGGAGCGAGAUCAGGACAAAAUUCAUUUAAAAGGUCUAACUGCUACUGGUUUCAGCCACGUCCUUCAAUUUAUGUAUUAUGGAACUAUAGAACUGAGUAUGAAUACUGUUCAUGAGAUCCUUCAGGCUGCCAUGUAUGUUCAACUUAUAGAAGUGGUGAAGUUCUGCUGCUCUUUUCUAUUAGCAAAAAUCUGCUUAGAAAAUUGUGCAGAAAUUAUGAGACUCUUAGAUGAUUUUGGUGUAAACAUCGAGGGAGUCAGGGAGAAGUUGGACGCCUUUCUGCUAGACAACUUUGUGCCACUCAUGUCCAGACCUGACUUCCUGUCUUAUCUGAGCUUUGAGAAGCUCAUGUCUUAUUUGGAUAAUGAUCAUCUGAGCAGGUUCCCAGAGAUAGAGCUGUACGAGGCUGUGCAGUCUUGGCUGCGGCAUGAUAGAAGACGCUGGAGACAUACCGAUACCAUCAUUCAGAACAUCAGGUUUUGUUUGAUGACCCCAUCCAGUGUUUUUGAGAAGGUUAAGACAUCCGAAUUUUAUAGAUACUCCCGACAGCUGCGCUAUGAAGUUGACCAAGCAUUGAAUUACUUUCAGAACGUUCACCAGCAGCCUUUGUUGGACAUGAAAUCCAGCCGCAUCCGCUCUGCCAAACCCCAAACUACAGUAUUCCGAGGAAUGAUUGGACAUAGCAUGGUUAACAGUAAAAUCCUUCUCUUAAAGAAGCCAAGAGUCUGGUGGGAGCUGGAGGGCCCGCAGGUUCCUCUGCGCCCGGACUGCCUUGCUAUCGUCAAUAACUUCGUGUUCUUGUUGGGCGGGGAAGAACUGGGCCCAGAUGGCGAAUUCCAUGCUUCUUCCAAAGUGUUCAGGUAUGACCCGAGGCAGAACUCUUGGCUCCGGAUGGCAGACAUGUCAGUGCCACGUUCAGAGUUUGCAGUUGGUGUUAUUGGGAAGUUUAUUUAUGCCGUAGCUGGCAGAACCAGAGAUGAGACUUUCUAUUCAACCGAGAGAUACGACAUCACCAAUGAUAAAUGGGAAUUCGUGGAUCCUUAUCCAGUUAACAAAUACGGACAUGAAGGGACAGUGCUCAACAACAAGUUGUUUAUCACCGGUGGAAUCACCUCAUCUUCCACCUCCAAACAAGUGUGCGUGUUCGACCCCAGUAAAGAAGGGACCAUAGAACAGCGGACCAGAAGAACGCAAGUGGUUACCAACUGUUGGGAGAAUAAGAGCAAAAUGAAUUACGCAAGAUGCUUUCACAAGAUGAUUUCUUACAACGGCAAGCUUUAUGUCUUCGGUGGUGUCUGUGUGAUCUUGAGGGCCUCUUUUGAGUCUCAGGGAUGCCCUUCCACAGAAGUGUACAACCCAGAGACUGAUCAGUGGACCAUCUUGGCAUCCAUGCCAAUUGGCAGAAGUGGCCAUGGUGUGACUGUGCUGGACAAACAAAUAAUGGUUCUCGGAGGCCUUUGCUACAACGGUCAUUACAGCGAUUCCAUCCUUACUUUUGAUCCAGAAGAAAACAAGUGGAAGGAAGAUGAGUACCCGCGGAUGCCCUGCAAGCUGGAUGGUUUACAAGUGUGCAACCUGCACUUCCCGGAAUAUAUACUGGACGAGGUCAGGCGUUGCAACUAAUGACAUCUUUCUCCCUUUAAAAAAAAAGCCAAACAAAAGAUUUGUUUGUGACGAAGUAGUUAAUUAAAAAAAGUGAAGAAAAACCUCACCAGUUUUACUAUCAAAGCCAUUGGUCUAGUAUCGUAAAAAAAUUUUCAUUCUGUGCUAGCAUCCGUAUUUUUUUUCUUUUUAGUGGCCUCAGACUCAUGCAAUAAGUUCAUUCUAAGCGCUAGCUCUUGAAACUACUUCCAGAAGCAGUUUAAUAGAGUGAUCCACUUAUCUGGGAAGUUGAUUUUGUGCUUUAAACAUUUCUUUCAGAUGUCAGCGUAGGAGUCCUGCAUCUUCUAAGAGAAGACCUGAUAAGUGUCACUGGAUGUAAUUUUGGUUCCUAUCUCGAUCUGAAAUCUUUUGGAACGUUUCAGUGUAUUACAGUCUGUUAGACCUUUUGGUUUUAUAAUUUAAGUUUAAAACUCUUGACCUUUUUGCAUGGCUUUUUGCUGAAAAUGCAAAAAUAUAAAUUUUCUACAAAAUUAACUUUUUUAUAUUCAAAACACUAUUUCUAAGCUGCCUUCUCUUAUCUGCAUUGUGUUAGUGAAAGCAUAUCCAUACUUGCAUACAUCUUAUGAACAUAUAAGGCACAUCUCCUUUUAUGCGUGGUUAGGAUUCUAUAUUUUUAAGCUAGUGCACUUGCACACACGGUUUGCCAUACUUGUUGAAUUUUAGAUGUAACGUCUUUUCGUGUAUUAACAUUUUUAGAAAGUUAAAAUAACUGGAGUCCUCAUUGGUAUCAAAGUAGCCUAUCUUCAGUCCAUACUGAUUCAGUAAUACUGGAACUCCGUGUAUUCCUGAAACAUGUAUGGAUUUCUGAAAACUAACAUUUUAUAUUUUCUUUUCAAAAGUAAACGUUAGUGUUCCUUAUUCAAUGUAUGUCUUCUUUUUGAAAAUGUUUUUCUUUGCAGUCUGUUUAACGUUACCCUGUUUUUAGUGAGAGUCGGAGUGGUAGACGCAGCCCGGGCCUUGCAGCGUGCAAGCACUUUUAAAGAGCAUUUAGGUCAUACCAGACUCCUAAAUAGAGGCCCCUUAAAAGUAAGUGCAACUCCCAUUCUUUACACUCAGUAAGGCCGCUGCGUCUGUUAUUGAAUGGAAAGUAGCAACUCGUGGAAAAUUUGAGCUCAUUUUUGAUGUAGAGGUAAGAAACAGAAUUAUAAUCUUACUGGUCAUAUCUACUUGUUUAUUUAGUACAGAAUACUUAGUGGCACCGGGGAUGUAAGCCCCCAGCCUUUGUUUUAUUUACUGAAAGCUACUAGCAUGAAGGAUAGUAACCUCAAAGUUCAGAACAGAUCAAGAAUAACUGUUUAAAAGCAUUUAUAGUAAGUGUUGUAGGAUUAGCCGCGCACCUUUCAACUCUUUAAACUCAGAAGGAAGAACAAGAUUAAGCAAGAAUAACCAGGGAGUGGAUCAUUCACAUGGAUGCCAUUUUCUCCUGAGUAGAGUCUAUAUCUGAUACAGACUAGUUCUACACUGGCAAAACUUGCCAGGUCUUAGGAUAUUGGUGCAAUAUUGCAAUGCCUUCUUCUAUGGCUGUUGUAUAAAUUUUCUAGUUUCACUUUUUUUUUUUUUUUUUUGCUGCUGCCACCACUGAACACAAAAUGGAAGGGUGAAGUCACGGAAAUGUGAAGACUUUUGGGUUUUUUGGUUUUUUUUUUUGUUUUGUUUUGUUUUGUUUUGUUUUUUUUGUUUUUGCAAUUAGAUAACUAUGAAAAGAACGCCUGAUUUUAAAACUCCAAAACCGGAGACAUUUGAGUUUAAGAAACAGUCAGGUACACAAGUAGUUUUUGAGAAAGAGAAACAUUGGCGUUGGUUUUAGAAAUCAAGUUAAUGAUAUUCUUUUGUAUAUGAGACUUAAAUUUUUAUUAAGUGGUUCUGUCAUUUACUUUCACUUUCUUAAAACGGAAUUCAGUAUCUUGUUGGCCAUAGUAAUAUGAGUAAAAGUCUUUUUCUACCUUUUAAAAAGCAUUUUUAAUCAUUUUACUUUUGAAAGUUAGGCAUUAGGUUAGCCAUUUAAUUCUUUUUCUAAUACAUUAGUUGGUUUAAUGUUUUGUGUGUGUGCUGUCUUGCUUUAAAGAAAAUAACAAUAAUAACGUCUUCAUUAUUUUCCUCAUCGUUGUCUUUUGCUGGAAAAAAUCGAGACAGGGUACCCCAUCAGGCUUUUAUACGUCACACACCAGUGGUGGUUCUCUUUAAUUGCUUAGGUAUGACUUCAUAGCCCCAGUUAGGGUAAAGUCUGGGCGAACAGUUGCAUAUUCUUGGUCUCCAUUCUCAAGACACAAGACCAAGAUCAAAGUUCACAUUUUAGAAAAUUUCUGAAAUCUUAACUUGAACUAACUCUGGGUUCAGCUUCACACAUAAGUCAUGUCUGACCUGAUGUUAGCUGUAAUCAGUUUUGAGCUUUAAGAAUAGUUGCUAUUGCUUGGGUUCUGAAUGUAUUGAGAAAACUCACCUGUUUAUAUGUAGUGCUAAUAUAGGUUAUUUUAAAUCCAUGAUUAACUUACAUUCCCUUUUAAAAUUGUGGUUUAAUUGUUGAAAGAGAUUUAUUUUUGUUAUACUAAACUAUGGAAAAUUUUUCCAUAGAAUUUUUUUCAAGUUUAUUUUUUGUGUGCUUCAUUUGGAACCAUUUUUGUUAAUCUACAUUGUAUGUGCUCAAAAUAGUUUUUUUUUUUUAAUUCAGUCAGAUUGGAAACUAUACAGUGUAACUGUUGUGAUCCUUGUGUGUUUUCACUUUACAUUUUAAACGGCAGACUUUACAAAAAUAGCCGAUUUUCAUUAAUUACAUCUUAAUUAGAAAUGUUUGUUCUCCAUAUCUUUGACCCUCUCAGUUUCGAUUUUAGUCUGCUUAAAGAAAAUCCUUGCACUACAGCCAUUUCAUAAAAUCCAAGAUUCUCACAUUGAAGGUUUUAUAUUGGAAGAAAUACUACUGGUUUUUAAAAAAAGCAAAGCUUAAUUAAUAGAACUAUUAGCUUUUCUUGAGACAGCAUUCUGUGUGUCCUCAUUACUCUGCUCUGUGUGUGUGUUACUCUAAUUUGUGAAAUAUUGACUGAGCCCUUCACUUAUCUUUUCUAAAGCAGCACCUUUGGACACCUCAUUCUGGGAAGCCUGCUCGAGUCAUAGUAAAGGACACACACAUUUGUGUGAGGAGAAGUGGUAAAAAUGGAGAGUUUUGUCUUAAUUACAUGAAACUAAGCUUUAAAAUAUUUUAUAACAAAUUAUUUGAGCUGCAUAAUCUAAACAUGUCAAACGUUCAGUGGGACUAUUUUUAUAUAUGUAUAUGUGGUUGUAGGUCAUAACAUUUCAGUUUAUAAUAUAAAUUGAUAUUUCAGUUUAUAAGCUAUCUCAGAAAGGACUAGCUCUUUUGAGAAUACAUAAUUUAAAGUUUUAGACUGAAGUAAAACACAACAUAGAUAAUAGUGUAAAUUAGGUAUAACUGAGGGCUAUAUGGCAGUAAAACUGCUAGUGCCAUUUUUCUUUUUUGCCUAUUACACAUUUUUGAUUUUUUUUUUUUGUACUCUGAACAUUUUUAGGGAACAUAUGUUUGUUCAAUCAGAUUAGAGUUGGUUUGGGAAUAAAUAUCUUCUAAAAAGAGAUUUAUCUUUAAAAUGAAAGUCCUGAAAAAUUAGUUUAUUGAGAGUUUAUAAAGUCAAAUAUUCAAUAGACAUAGACUGGAAUCAGUAAGCUCGUGGAAGUCCUAGCCUUUUAGUACAUGUACCCGUGUAACUUCGGUGUUACGUGAGCAACACCGAGAGAAUGCCAUCAGCUUGCUUUGUUCCCCCUCGAUAUUCUUGGAUUUUCUUUUUACAUCUUUGGGAACAACUGCAUUAAAAACCUUAUCUAUCAGUGUGUCAGUAAGGAUUAGGUGUUCGCUUUCUGAAGGAGAGUUACAGUGAGGUGGUCAGAGAGGUUAUUUUCUACCUAACUUGUAUAUGCCCUCUACCUCUUGGGCAUCCUUUGUCUAUAGAAAAAUAUUUUGACCUUUAGGUACAUUUUGGGCCAGUAGUCAAAUAAUCCUAGGGCCGAUUUAAAAAUCUUAGAAUAAUUUAAGGUUUGCCUUUUAUACCUGUUUUGAAAGCCUUUACAUUUUUGUCAGGUAAUUUUUCCCAAGCCGUGAAUAUAAUCUAUUCAAACAUGUUUAUGCUAUCCAUUCUGUUUUUAAAUUGAAAAAAAAAAUGUUAAAAGUGUUUAUGAAGAAAAGUUUAAAUAAAAUAUUUUUAAUCUUUAAAAUA